AUGAGGGAAACAACACCUGCAGCUUCAGCCGCAACCACACAAGUUUCAACUUCCUUCCCUUCACCUACAUCCUCCUCAACCUCCAUCCCUGCGCACGGAAACGGAUCUCAGUACAGCGGGAGCAAUUCAUCCCUCCCCCGACCGGUGGAACCAGACCGAGGCCCUGCGGACCUGAGCAAUCCCAGCGCCGCCCUCGCAGAAGCCCUCAGCGCCGCCAGAGCCACAGCGGAAGCACGAGCCAAGACACAACAACAGGCCCAACAACAGGCCGCCCUGGAUGCUCUGCUCGUUGGCCACAACAGGGUUCACAGCCAAAGCGCGGAUGCAGAAUACCAAAAGGAUACGUCAAAGCGGAACUCGGCAACAUCAGCGGACUCAAACGGCAACCCAUCUCAGGUCAAGAUCCCAGUACCGGAUCUUUCGCCUACCAUGCUGGGAUACACAGGACAUCUGGGAAUCCGUCAAGACUCUGGUCGCAACACCGAUAGCCAUCAUUACCCACGUCCAACCGCCUUCACGCUCUCACCGACAUCGUCCAAUCCCGAGCUCACAGGAUCACAAUCGGACAGCCAUUCAGGUUCCUAUGGCACCCAACACCCUUCCACCCACACCCACAACAACACCAAUAACAAUAACAGUCGUUCCGUCCAGCCUUCCACAUCGAAAUACGGCCAUCCCAGCGUUUCGUCCAACAUGUCCAGAUACACUGACGAUUACAAUGAGCAGCCGCAAUAUGCGCGUCAUCAGGAACCCAGCCUCCUUGGAACGUCGUAUGACUCUUCUCAAUCGGUUCAACACCACGGACGUGAGGGGACCUACUCCAGGUUCGCAUUCGCAUCGAAGGAUAUGGAUCGCGGAUCUCUUCACAGCCAAGACUACAUGGACGACUAUAACCCUUCCGCAGUAUACCCGCAGGGCCUAUCUAGAGAGUCACUGGGCUUUCAACAAGAUUAUACCAACCAGCGCCACGUCGAUUUCCCCGACGAAUCCGACUCCCUUGCCACAAACGACAACCACGGAAGGGACGCGAACACUUCGUUUCACAAGCAGCACCACAACAACCACGGAGUAAGUGCCCAGUCUGGUCAUUCCGCAUCAGCAGCCUCUGUAUCGCUAUACCCCCAAACAGCUUCGUCGCAUUCGCUUGCGCUGUCGGAGGAUCUCAAGGAUCAGAUUUCAACGGAGGCAGAGUACAUCAUGAACAGGAACACGGAACUGCUCCGCAUCCUCAGCAUCCGAGACGACGAGGUCCAGACGUUGCAGCAGGAACUCGAUCAUACCCUCAAGGUCAUGCACGAGUACGAGGACGACCUGAUGGCGAUGCACACUGCAGCCGCCAAGCCCUACGAGACAUACCGCCAGACGCUGGAUGAGAUUGGUCAUGGGAUGACUCAGCAGGAUGCUCUUCUUGAAGGAUACCAGCAGGAGAACGAGAAACUGACCAGUCAACUCAAGUCAUCUGUCGAGAUUCGUCGGGAGGCAGAGAAACGUCAUUUGCAGAGUGUCGAUCGUUUGAAGAGCGAAGUGGAGAGUCUUCGUUCGGAACUCGAUAGCUCGGACCAUGAAAAGUAUGGUACCACCGACUUGAGGUUCGUUCUGAAACAGUCGCAGGAGAGCCAUGAGCGGGCACAGGCGAGCUUUCAGGACAAGGAGGAAGAGUACCAGACCGAGAUCAGCGAGUUGAAGGAGCGUCUAAGGGUCACAGAGCAGGUCCUGGAAGAGGAGCGGAAGAGUAAGGUCGAGGGGAUGCAGAAGCUGGAGCGAGACCUUCAGGAUUUCCGGACAGGGUACGACGGUAUGUUGGCCCAGCUGCAGGCAGUUGAUUCCGGUGACCUUCGGCCUCACCCCAAACGAGCAUCCUCAUCAUCCUCUGCUGAUGAAGGUCAGGCUGACACAACUGUUGACGACGAGCUCGAGCGGGACAUUGGUCUAAUCAAAGCAUCGCUGCUGAAGGGCCCGACCAAGUUUAUGACAAGCGCCAAGUCUCUCUCGCCUUCGCACACACACAACAUGGACAAGCUGCAGCAGUUCAAGGAUCCCAAGCCAAAGGCCCUGGACCGGAAGUUGACCUCGACCGAGACGUUGACCAGUGGCAACAUGCCUGCACACGCAGACGGCGAAAAGUUGGACCUUGAGCAGCGUCUUAGCAGAUUCGAGGCCGAUGUCCGCCAGAGUCUCCUCAGGAGUUCGUCUAUGGAUAGCUUCAGCAGUGUCCGAUCCUCAGGAGGCACCACCAUUCCUAUGGCGACCCAGAUCAAGCCUCUUCAGCAUCUCCAUCAUCAACACCAUUCCAACUCUCGGGAUGAUCUUCGGCUUUCGGCGAUGAGCGAAGAACACCGAUUGGCGAACAAGUUGCGUGACCGGAUUAACAGCCUCAACAUUGAGAACAAGCGACUUCAUCAGGAGCUAACAUCGCUCGCGCAGGUUUUGCGUGUUCAGCAAGCGGAACGACAGCGCAAGGUCGCCCACCUGGAGGAAUUGCUGGAUAUGCAUGAGACCCAGGCGGGCCAAAGAUUGGAUGAUGUCAACACAGAGGAGGGGCAAGCCAGGGUCCGCAAGGUCAUUCAGGGUCUGUUGGUCAGGAUUCGAACAAAAGAGGCCGAAUCUGAGUUCUACCACAAUGCGUAUCUGGACAAGGUGAUGGAAUUGGAUCAGAUGGCGCUCACCAAUGGCAAGAGUCUCCUUGCGGAAAGUCCCGUGGAGAUGGGCCAGUCUCAGGACGCACUCGGCGUGGCCUCUUCGUCGACACCAUCCCCUACUGCUUCAGUGAUCGAGGUGCUGGAGACUCGCAUUCGGGAACUGGAGCGACUGAACAUGGAAGCAUCGUUCCAUUUGGCCGCAGAGCAGCGACGUGUCCAAGCGACUGAGACCGAGAAUGGAAACCUGAUCCGCGAGAAGCUGACGUUGGCGCGCAUGCUGGAGGACCAAGUUGACCAAUUGCAGUCAAAGCUGAGUCUGGCGGAGAUUGCGAGGGCUCGCCUGCAGGACGAGAACAACGACCUGAGACAGCAGCAGCAACAGCAGAAGCAGCAGCAAAGCCUUAAGGAUGCGCGUGGAGCCUCGGUGACCCCAAGUGGUGACCGCUUGGGCAACAACUCCUUUGGCCAGCAGCAGGAAAAUACGAACGAGACCAUGGCGGCCAUGCGGACAAGGAUGUUGUCUCUGACGCGUCAACGUGACCAGUUGAAAGAGCAACUUCAGGAGGCCUUUGACAUCCAGCUGACGCUGCAGGAGAGAUCAGGACCCAACAGUGGCGGGGGAGGAUCUACAGAGUGGUCAAUGGAGGAGUUCAAGAGAUUGGAGCGCUCGUUGGAGGAAAAGUCGAUGGAGCUCAACGUUUGGAAGGAGCGUGCUGUGGCGCUGGAGAAGGUGGUGGAGAGGAUCCGAAUGAUCAAGGACCGACCAGAGCCCACUGGCCUUUCGCUGGAUCGUUCCUUGACGAUGGACAGCGAGUCGAUGAGCACGUCGUCUGUUGGCGGUAGUCACGACGGCGUUCAUCACCUUGCAGGACGUCGUGCGUCGCAUCACACGCUGGAGGAGCUGGAUCAGGUAGUGCUGAGACUGGAGCAGCGUCUUGAGCGUCGAGACCAGGAGCUGCAGGAGGUUGUUCAAGAGGCCAGGAGACAGACGGAUCGGCGACUCGAGGCAUGGAAGGCCAAGUGGGUCCAGGUUGUACAGCGCAAGAAUGCAGAGAUCCAUCGAUUCCAGGUGGAGCUCGAGUCGUUGAUGGCGGCCGUCGACCGAGACCGUUCACGGAUGGCCACCGCGACCAAGAAGUAA